AUGUCUCAGCCUUCUCUACAAACCCGCUCAUCCCUUCUGUCUCCCUACCACCAACCACUCUCUCCCACCCUUACCUCUCCGUCUCCUUCUUCUCCCAUCUCGUCCUCCUCCUCCACCCUCCAUCCCAUCUCCAACCUCUGUUACCCCCGGUCCCCGCGGCGGUUAGGAGACGACGCCAGCUCCCCGCGGCGGACCCCGUUCAGUGCAGACCUAUCGGGGGGGGGGGGUGGCCUCUCGCGUCCUCUCAGCCUCAUUAUUUCAGCACACAUCUUUGUCGGCCGAUUGGCACCUUCUCCGUGA